UUGAAUGAAAUUUUAUAACUUUUUUAUAAUCUUUUAUCUGACAAUAAAGAGCAAUUAUGUGCAACGUUUACAUAAAAGAUUACACGGGGCGCCACCAGCAGCGUGGGAAAUGAUGUAAAGGCGCAUCGGAAGUUGAGUUUUGACGAAAACGAAGAUUGCUUCCCAAGGUGCCUGUUUUGUGGAAUUUGUGAAAGACUUGAACUGGCCAUUACUAAUAAUAACCGUGACUGGACUUUUAGAUGCUCGUUUCGUAGUUGGUACUGACAGUAAAGUGAACAGUCUGAAAAUGAACACCAAUGCACGAACCCUUGAUGAAUACAUAAUCUCUUGGAACGCAGAAGAACCCUUGAUUGGCCAUUUAACAGAGCAGCUGCAGAAAUAUUUAUCCACAUAUUGCCACUUCCAGAAAAUAAUCAACUUCUAGGACUCAAUUAUGUAAUUGAAUAUCAGCGUGAUGGAGGAAGAGAGCCAAUGUAUGAAUGCACAUUAUGUGACUUUACAGAAUACUUACACAUGUUUGUUUUGCACCUUGCUGGUUUCAAGCACAGAAUGAAUUAUAUGGCAAAAGAAUAUCCGGACAUGAUGAAAUGGGAUAGAACUGAACUAAAAGAAGAGGAGCUGUCUGAUAUCAUUAAAGAAAGAGCUGCUAUUAUUGAGAAAUUGGAAGGAAGGAGGUGCAUACAAGUUGUCAGAGGACAAGAUCCGCCCAACAUUCUUCGUGUGGUUAGAAGAGUUCAACUUCCAAGCAACAGUUGGCGGCAAGAAUGGGAAAGAAAUCCAUCUCGGAUGGAACAAGAAUUGAUAGAAGGUAUAAGGAACCAAAGAGAGCUGUCUAUGAGAAAAGAGAUGAUGCUUUCAACUCCGAGAGAUCAUGGGCAGUAUGAAGCAGAUUUCAGAACCUCGGAUAAGUUUUUUGAUUGGAGGAGAGAUGAUAAAGACUUUUAUGGAGAAAAUGUUGAAGCUGCUGAUAGGUUUACAGAUAACAGAAUGCAAUACAGAGAAAAUACUUCAAGUGGAUAUACCGACUUGCAUAGAGACAACAAAGAAGAAUAUGUAGAACCAGCACGAAGUUAUAAUCAAUAUUCUGACCAGCAAAUAGAUGAGCGAAGAGGACUCUAUGGCGAUCAUAAGCAAGAAUCGCCUAUGUAUACAGACUGGAAUAAAAUUUACCAACAGGAAUCUGGAAAUGAUUUCAGGGGUUCGGACAGAUACUCAAAUACAAGAAAAGAUGAGCACCUUCGAUAUUUAGAAGAUGGUAGAGGCACAGACUACAGGAGAGAUGAUCGAAAAUAUGAAAAUGAAUAUAUUGCAAGAGAACAAAUUAGGAAACCAGACUACUGGAUGGAGCAGAAGGAUGAUUUUUCCCAAUCACCAAAUUUUUCAGAUGUGGGUGAUCUUGAUCUUAAGAGAAAGAAAUUGUAUGACUAUUUGCAAAAUUUUAAGAUAAGAACUGAAGAUGAUGCCAGUUUUGUUCUGAAGGUCACAAACACUUUCAAGGCUGCCUUAAUCAGUUACUAUCAAAGAAAAGAAACUGACCCACCCACAAGGGCAACAUUGGAUCAGAGAACCACAAGAUCCAUCGGUACACCAGAUGGCUAUUCCAGAUAUAAUCCUGAUGUGUCAGCUUCAGCGGUACGAGACUCAGAAAGCUACAGAGGUGUUUAUGACUGGAAGCAGGAUACUUUGGCAACAAACAUGAGACAAUCUCAUGAUUCCACUUUGUACUUAUUAUCUGCCACUCCUCCCAGAAAUUCUGCGUUGCAUUCUUCCUUAAGCAGGGGCUAUUCGCCAGAUUAUAAAUCCAACACACAGGAUAUAAACUGGGGAAGAAAUGCAAACAAUACCUAUUAUGGUCGCUGAAAAGAUAGGAAGGAAUCUGGAAUAUUUUCCUGCUUGCUUUGGAUUUUCCCGCCGAGCAUCAGCUACAUUCAUUUUUGACCUUCCUUGAUGGUAUCGGUUUUAAUGUUUUCACAUGCAAAGUUGAACUGGCAGCUGUUCACCCUUAAGAAAUUUUAACUCUUGAAAUAAAAGAAGAUUUUUUUCAUGUUGAGACAGUGUAUUUGUAGGUUGAAAAUUAUUUAAUUUCGUUUUAAUUGUUUUACAGUUUUACACAAACAUGCAAAUGAAUUACUAAAGUACAAUAGAUCUGCAUCAUGAUGCAUGUAAAAUAUCCCUGAUUAUCUUUUUGGCCCAGGAUGGUGGUUACUUCCACAAUCUAAACGUUGCUGAAACAUUUUUUAAAUUCAACAGUCAGUUCAGUCAUGUAAAUUACUGUGUACAGAACAAGGAAUGUGAUUUUGCUCGUAAAAGUAUUUGAAAGUGUAGUUGAUGUUGAGCAAUAAUUUGAUGUUUGAGCUGUAAAUCUAGAAAAUGAUCUAUGUUCUGCAGUUUCUUGAAUAGUUCAGAUUUGCUUUAUUGUUUCUUGUUUUUUUCUGAUUGUACAAGAAGCUAAAUAAUGGAAAACUCAACAUUGUACAAUAUAUUCUCUUUUUCAGUCAUUGUCUGAGACUAAAUAAAAGCUCUUCAUAAUUUAAAUCCUUU